AUGGAUAUCAUCCUAGAAAUCGUCGACACCCUGUUACUCGACCGCAUCUACGCGACGUUGUUACCUGCCAGUCCAUCGUCCUACCUCCAACAGAAGUUCAAUCAUGCCACAACCUCCACAUUCUCUAGUAUGCAGGAAACCGCGACCCCUGCGCCGCAAUAUACAUACAUCUAUGAGCCCGCUUCGCGGCUUGUCAGUUUGGACCCGACGGAAUGGACCUACAGAAGCUCAUGGCCUCGCGACAACAUUUUCAGACAGGGCAUUAGUCUGUUUGCAAUAGUUUGGUUCUUCGGACUCAUUCUUUACUUCCUCUGCGCCUCGCUCUCCUACGUCUUUAUCUUCGACAAAACCACUUUUCAACAUCCCAAGUUCCUAAAGAACCAAAUCCGCAUGGAGAUCAGCCAAGCCGUCCGCGCGAUGCCUCUCAUGUCCGUCUUGACCGCACUCUGCAUGCUCGCCGAAGUGCGUGGCUACUCUAAACUCUACGACCUUCCUAGUGAAGCCCCUUUCGAAUGGUACAGCGUCGUGCAAUUCCCUUUCUUCGUUCUCUUCACCGAUCUCUGCAUCUACUGGAUCCACCGCGGCCUACACCAGCCGCUGGUCUACAAAACCCUCCACAAGCCGCACCACAAAUGGAUUGUGCCAACGCCCUACGCAUCGCAUGCUUUUCACCCUCUCGACGGCUUUGCGCAAUCCACACCCUACCAUAUCUUCCCUUUCCUGUUCCCGUUGCAAAAGUUCGCCUAUAUUGCUCUCUUCGUCUUCAUCAACGUCUGGACCAUCUUCAUCCACGACGGGGAAUACUAUGCCAAUUCACCCUGGAUCAAUGGCGCUGCUUGCCAUACUCUUCACCAUCUGAUGUUUAACUUCAACUACGGCCAGUUCACCACGUUGUGGGAUCGGUUGGGUGGAAGUUAUCGGAAGCCGAAUGAAGAGUUGUUUAGGAGGGAGACCAAAAUGGCGAAGGAGGAGUGGGAGAAACAGAGUCGAGAAAUGGAAAAGUUUCUGAAGGAGGUCGAGGGGGAGGACGAUAGGGGAUACUUGAACGCGGACACGAAAAAGGAACAGUGA